CCGAAUCGUUUUACAACGGUGUGCGAAAGAGCCGGCUUUGAAUGUUUGAGAAAUACCAUCACGGGUAAUCAAAACAAACCGAAAAAUCGAGUUUGUUUUGCUACGUAUCGUACCUGAUUAAAGUACCUGGUGCAAAAUAUUUACAGAACAAUGUCGAACGAAAGUGCAGAUUCAAACGAAACUGAACGGAUCCGGUGUUGGAUUUGCCCGGCAAAGUUUUUCGACCGUGAGCAGCAGUAUCAGGAUCAUACAGAGAAAAUCCACCAAGGAUAUCGCUUUCGGUGUGAGGAAUGCUCGACUGAAACACUGUUCACAGAAAUCGCCGAUGCUCGGAAUCAUGUGGAUGAGCUGCAUGACAUCAAUCUGCAGCAAUGCCCUCUGUGCGAGAGUUCUUUCAACGAGUUCAACUUGCGGAAACACCUGAGAGAAGUUCAUGGCGAGGUUCAGCAUAACAAGUGCGAGUUGUGCGAAGAGAAUCCAACGUAUGAUGAUCGAGACUCCUAUGAACUACAUAUUCAGGACCACCAUCAAGGCCAUCGGGUCAAGUGUCCCAUCUGCCACCGGAUGUUGAAGAGCAAACUGAAGCCCCACCUGGACUACAUCCACUCGGACGGGCCGGCCAAGUGCUACAUCUGCCACAAAGAAUACAGCAACAAGUACAAACUGAUGCGACACCUCAAGUGCCACACGGAUCCCAAGGUGCCGGGAGCGAAGGUACGGUGCGAACGGUGCGACGAAACGUUCGAAAGCGUAGCCAAACUGAACUACCACAAGGCCAAACAUCAGACGAAGAUCUUCCAGUGCGACAAGUGUUCCAAGAUGUUCUACCGGCAUGAGGCGCUGGUGCAACAUCAAAGGGUUCACGACGGGAAGCGGGAUCGCAGUAGGCUGUGCCAAGACAAAAUGGAUGAAGAAACAAGAGACUAAGAUCUA